UCGUUUGGGGGUUGUUUUGUUUGGGGGGGGUUUGGUUUUGCUGUUGUGCUCCGGGCACCAUGUCAAAUUCGGGCUCCCAUCAAGACACUGGGAACAAGGCAGAGACGGAAAAAAAUACCCAAGAUGACUCUCAACCCCCCGUCAACUCCGAGAGGAGGAACAAAAGUGGAAUAAUAAGUGAACCUUUGAACAAAAGUCUUAAGAAGUCCCGUCCACUCUCCCACUAUUCCACCUUUGGUAGCAGCAGCUCGGUAAGCGAACAUUCAGAGAAAGGCAACCCCUUAGCUAAUGGCAUCGAAGCGACUGUGGAUAAAAGUCAUUCUACCUCAAAGCACAAAAACAUCUCUAGUAUGCUGAGCAAACUCGACCGGGUGUCGGAGCUCUCCUCGGAAGGACAGACCGCCCUACAACAGUUUGCUCAGUCAACAGAAAUGCUCAAAAGAGUGGUACAGGAGCAUCUUCCUCUAGCAAGCGACCACGGGACUGGGAUCUCUGACAUGGAGGCAGUCUCAGCUGCAGAGACAAUGAACGGCCCCUCCGAUUUUCCUUACCUGGGGGCUUUUCCCAUCAACCCAGGCCUUUUCAUCAUGACCCCUGCCGGCGUGUUUCUGGCAGAGAGCGCGCUCCAUAUGGCUGGCUUGGCAGAGUAUCCCAUGCAGAAUGAGUUGGCAUCUGCCAUCAAUUCGGGGAAAAAGAAACGGAAAAGAUGCGGCAUGUGCCCGCCCUGCCGAAGACGGAUAAACUGCGAGCAGUGCAGCAGUUGUAGGAAUCGCAAAACUGGCCACCAGAUUUGCAAAUUCCGAAAGUGUGAAGAACUCAAAAAGAAGCCUUCUGCAGCACUGGAGAAGGUGAUGCUUCCUACAGGAGCCGCGUUCAGAUGGUUCCAGUAGGAACGGGAAUCCCAAAGCUCUGUCAUCCAAGUGCAAUGUCACUGCUUGCUUGUGUUGUCUCAGGCAAGGGAUUUUUGGCUGAAAUGAAUGGAUGCACCUGUGUCUCUUUAGAACCAAAAAUAUUUUCUCGCAAA